UGUUUAGUUUAGUUCUGUUGUGUUCGCUCUUUCGGUGUCUGUGCUCUGCCUGUCUUCUCUCCUCUCUGUCCUAUCGUUCUUCCGUUGAUGAUGUCGUCGUCUUCGGGGUGGUGCAAGUGCGCGAGUGCGCCCCUCUAGGGAUGAAGAGGGCUCGACGACUCCGCCGACUAGUCACGCGAUAGCGCCAUGCCGCGCUGUCUCAUGGCCAAAAAGUGGAAAGCGUAUCCGUGGCCGGAGCGCCCGGACCCUCCCGACCAGGAGGAGGACGAGGAGAUCGACGUCGUCGGCGACGCACCCGCCUGCUGGGGGCCCUCCAGUCCCACGGCCGGCGCCACGGCGCCCAGUCCGCCGCCGACGUCUCCCAACGGAACCACGCUCAUCUACAACGGCUACCUUCAUGAAUUCUCUCCUUCCACCUAUCCCCCAACCACCUUCAUCCCCCGUAACGACCAACCCAUCAGCGGCCAAACGCAACCAUCUUACGCAACCUUACGAACGGUGGUGGAAACCCAAGACCUCCGUCCCGACUACAGCACUCCCACUCCGCCUCGUUCCCGCAAAUCCCUCUCCAUGACUUUCACCAGUACGGGAGCGGCCCUCUCCUUACCCCCCAAAAAAAAGGACAUCUACCGUCCCUACUCCCUCGAUGACAAACCCUCCCCACCUCCACCCACCCCCACCAUUCGAGUACCUGCCGAAGAAGACUUGCACGCAGCCCACGCCAUCCUCGACUUGAGCGCCUCCACGACGGUGUUCCUCCCACCGCCGCCGCCGCCACCCCCACCUCCCGAGGAGGACCUCCCGGUGAAGAGCGGCAAAACGAUAGCUUACACUUACGAGGCCUUCUUCGUCAGCGAUGGUCGCUCGAAGAAACGCUUCGUUGCUGAUGACCCGUCUUUGACAGCCAAAGUCCACAUCAACGAGAAGCCCAAAUACACCUGUAGUGAGUGUGGGAAACAGUACGCCACGUCUAGUAACCUCUCCCGACAUAAGCAAACUCAUAGAAGUUUGGACUCACAAUCGGCGAAGAAGUGCAUCACGUGUGGGAAGGCUUACGUCAGCAUGCCGGCCUUGGCCAUGCACGUGCUCACACACAAGUUAGCCCACAGAUGCAGCGUCUGUGGGAAGCAAUUCUCGCGACCUUGGCUCCUACAAGGUCAUUUAAGGUCACACACGGGGGAAAAACCCUACGGGUGUGCCCAUUGUGGUAAGGCGUUCGCUGAUAGGUCAAAUCUAAGGGCACACAUGCAAACACAUUCCGCUGAUAAGAAUUUCGAGUGUCCAAGGUGUCAUAAAACAUUUGCGUUGAAGUCGUACCUAAAUAAGCAUUUGGAGUCGGCGUGUCUUAAGGAGGAGGCGGGGCCUAACAGUUGCGCCGAAGAAGUGGCCAGGGAUGUGGCCGUGCCCAUACGAGUCUAUGCCGCCUAAUCUAGUCUGUUUCUAGUCUUUCCUGGGAAGUACCGGAGAUAUUGAAAAAUCAGUAUUGUGAUUGGGCAUCUCUCCUGUACUUCUUCUAAUAUAUAGUGUAGUUUGGAACAGUGUUGCCAGAUCAAAAACGUAAAAUACACCAGAUCCGAGUUAAAAAAUUCGCCAAAUUCGCGAAAAAAGUAAAAAUGGAAUGUCUAAUUCUGUGAUUUUUUGGCUUGUUUUCAACAAAAUUUUGCAUUUCUAAAAACGUACAAAAAUGCUCGAGAAAUGCAAUUGUAGACUUUUUUUAGCUUGUUUUAGCGAAAUCUGGUGAAAAACCUGGGAUUUUAGUACUAAAACGCGCUUAAAAGCAUUUUCGGCCAAAUUUUGUGGUUUCUCAGCUUAUUUUUGCCUUAUUUCACUCAAAAACCAGUUAAAUCGAGUGAAACAAACAAAAUUAACAAUUUAGUGAUUUUUGACAUACUAUAGCACACUCUCGCGAAGAAAUAGUUUUAAUUUUUUUUAAAAAUUAUAUCAUAUUCAUAUUAAAUUGUUUUUAACUAAUUGUGCAGAAUAUUUGCGUUUCUAGCUGAAAAACGUGCUAAAACUCUCAAGAAAUGCAAAAUUAAUGUAAUUUCCGACUUAAUAUGUUGAUUUUUCAGUUCUUGCAAAAAACCUGAGAUUGUAAUAGAAAACGUGUUUAAAAAAAUCCAGGUCUUAUUUUUGUCUUAUUAUCCUUAAAAAACCAAUCAAAUUAAAUUAAAGCCUAAGAAUUAGGUAAAAAAAUCAUAAAAUAAUCUUUUUUAUAGCAAUUUAGUGAUUUUUAACGUGUUAUGGCAAAACAUCGGAAAAAAAAAGUUUUCAGCUUAAAAAUCUGCUUGAACUUUCGAAAAAGUGCAAAAUUAUAUCAUUUUCGGUUUCAUUCUGUGUUUUUUUUGGCUUGUUUCUAACCAAUUUUAAAAAAUAAUUGCGAUUCUAACUGAAAAACGUGCUAAAACUCUCAAGAAAUGCAAAAUUAAUGUAAUUUUCGACUCUGGUUAAGACUCUUGUCUUAUAAUGUGAAACAAGCAAAAUAAUAUCAAUAUCAAUAGUUUUUGUGAUUUUUAGGCGUGUUUGGACAAGAUUUUGCAAAAUAAAUAAUUCUCUGGUUUAAAAACGAAGUAAGCUAAACGGAACAAGAUAAAAAUAAUGUUAAUUUCGAUUUAAUUUUGUAAAUUUUCACCUCAAAAACGUGCUUAAACUCUUGAAAAAGGCAAAAAUAACGCCCUUUUUGGUCGCAUUUGUUAAAU